AACUGCCUCCUGGAAUCAUGUUCUCCUGCAACACCAGCACUUCUGGGCAUGUUACCUUCCUCCUCACUGGCUUUCCAGGGCUGGAAGCCUCUCAUCAUUGGGUUUCCAUCCCCAUCAACCUCAUCUGUGUGGUUUCACUUCUGGGUAACAGUAUCAUCCUCUUCCUGAUCUGCACAGAUCCAGCCUUACAGGAACCCAUGUACAUCUUCCUUUCCAUGUUGGCAACCUCUGAUCUGGGCCUCUGUGCCUCCACCUUCCCCACCAUGGUGCAGCUCUUCUGGCUGGGUGCUCGUGAGCUGCCCUUUGAUCUCUGUGCAGCACAAAUGUUCUUCAUCCACGCCUUCACCUAUGUGGAAUCUGGUGUACUGCUGGCCAUGGCCUUUGAUCGCUUUAUUGCCAUCUGGAACCCUCUGCACUAUGCCACAAUCCUUACCCACUCAGCCAUGGCGAAAGUAGGAACUGCCAUUCUGGUAAGGGCUGUCCUGCUCAACCUCCCAGGACCCGUCCUCCUGCGGCAUCUACUCUUUCCCCAAAUAAGCAUACUCUCUCACUGCUACUGCCUGCACUGUGACAUCGUGGGGCUGGCCUGCUCAGACACCCAGAUCAACAGCGUGGUGGGCCUGGUCUCCAUCCUCCUAUCGCUGUGCCUGGACUCCUCUCUCAUCAUGCUCUCAUAUGCCCUGAUCCUACGGACCGUGCUGGGCAUUGCAUCACCUGGGGAAUGGCUCAAGGCGCUCAACACGUGUGUCUCACACCUCUGUAUUGUUCUCAUCUUUUAUUUGCCCAAACUGGGGCUGUCUGUGUUGCACCGAGUAGAGAAGCACAGCUAUCCUGCUCUGGCAGUCCUCAUGGCCAACCUGCACUUCCUGGUCCCACCCUUUAUGAACCCCAUAGUGUACUGCAUCAAGUCUAAGGAGAUCCGCCAGGGCCUCCUAAAACGCUUCCACCAGAAGAGGGUUGAUGUUUCCUAGAA